AAGAACAAGUGGAGGACAGCCCAGUCCGGGACACGAGCAGGAGCGUGCUGGCCAGGGCUUCCUGCAGAGCGGACAGCGGGGCGAUGCGGGCCCACUCCUCCCGCGCUCCUCCCCGUGCCCGCUAACACGUCGAGGCCACCCGCAGUCCCCUCUCCCCUCUCUGGGGUGAGAGCGACAGCCCAAGAUGUGCCCCAGGGUGCUGUGGGUGGCUCUGCCCGUGCUGUCCCUGCUGGCCUGCUCCCUGCAGGGGAAGCCGCUGCAGAGCUGGGGGCAGGCGUCUGCCGGGGGGAAAGGCCACAGCCUGCUGGGGGGGCGCGGAGGGGAGCCGCCCGAGCGCACCUUCGACCUGAAGAUGUUCCUGGAGAACAUGAAGGUGGAUUUCUUGCGCAGCCUCAACCUGAGCGGGGUCCCCUCCCAGGACAAAACCAGAGUGGAGCCGCCACAGUACAUGAUCGACCUGUACAACAGGUACACCACUGACAAGUCCACCUCCCCGGCGUCCAACGUCGUGCGCAGCUUCAGCGUGGAAGAUGCCGUCUCUGUAGCCACCACGGGAGACUUCCCCUUCCAGAGGCACAUCCUGCUUUUCAACAUCUCCGUUCCCAGACACGAGCAAAUCACCAGGGCCGAGCUCCGACUCUACGUCUCCUGUCAAAAUCAUGUGGACUCCUCUCAUGCGCUGAAAGGAAACAUGGUUAUUUAUGACGUUCUGGAUGGAGCAGAUGCCUGGGACAGUGCUGCGGGGACCAAGACUCUCCUGGUGUCCCAGGACAUUCGGGACCAGGGCUGGGAGACCUUGGAAGUGUCCAGCGCUGUGAAGAGAUGGGUCCGGGCCGACUCCAGCAAGAGCAAAAACAAGCUGGAGGUGACAGUGGAGAGCCACAGGAAGGGCUGCGACAAGCUGGACAUCAGCGUCCCCCCAGGGUCCAAAAACCUGCCCUUCUUCGUCGUCUUCUCCAAUGACCGCAGCAACGGGACCAAGGAGACCAGGCUGGAGCUCAGGGAGAUGAUCAGCCACGAGCAGGAGAGCGUGCUGAGGAAGCUGUCCAGGGACAGCCCCACGGAGGCAGGGGGGAGCGGCGAGGAUGUGGACGGCCACACGGGCGCAGGGUCGUCUUUAGCCAGACGGAAGAGGAGCACCGGCGCUGGCAGCCACUGUCAAAAGACCUCCCUGCGAGUGAACUUCGAGGACAUUGGCUGGGACAGCUGGAUCAUCGCGCCCAAGGAGUAUGAUGCCUAUGAGUGUAAAGGUGGCUGCUUCUUCCCUCUGGCUGACGACGUGACACCAACGAAACAUGCCAUCGUGCAGACCCUGGUGCAUCUCAAGUUCCCCACGAAGGUGGGCAAGGCCUGCUGCGUGCCCACCAAACUGAGCCCCAUCUCCAUACUCUACAAAGAUGACAUGGGGGUGCCCACCCUCAAGUACCACUACGAGGGCAUGAGCGUGGCAGAGUGUGGGUGCAGGUAGUACCUGCCGGCGGGGCAGGGGAGGCAGGCGGCAGGGGGUCUUGAGAGGUCCUUUGUCCCCUGGGCACCACCGGGACUGAGUCAAUCUGCAUACCAGCCUGGGGGGGGGGAAGUGCAGCCUGGAGGGUGCAGGGACAACCUGCCCGCCCUGAGCAAUGCCCCUGGGCUCGAUUGCUGGGAAGGCAAUGGCCGGGGUGCGGGGUGUGGGGCUUUCUAGGACAGCCUGGCAGUGUUGUAGGGGUGGAACGGGAGGUGACGAAAAGGAGACAGGAGAGACGCUAAUCCAGAGUCCACAGAAAACUGAGCAGAAGUGAGCCAGAGGAGCGUGGACAGCGGGUGAGGGUGCAGGUUUAUGGGAGUUAACGGGUCGUGGAGGACGAGACGGGUCCGGGCUGAGCCCAGUAGCCUCAGGGAGUGGGGGGACAUGAGCAGGCCACUCGCUCUGAGCCACCAUUGCAUGCACUUGCCUGACCCAGUGAGUUGGGUGCGAUAGCCUCCAAGUUACAGAGGUGGAAACCGAAACGCAGGCAAGCCAAGCAGUGCCAGUGCGUGGCACGGUUCCAGCCCGUGUCUGCGGGAGACCAAAGCCCGGGACCUUCCCAAGUGCCCCACUAUAGUUUAGCAGGUCCCCCUGCAGCCAAAAAGCAGGGAAGCACUGGGAGCCCGGGAGCACCGAGGCCAGACUGUGCUGAGCCCUGCUCAGUCCACACCAGUGUGACUGCUGUCACGUCCAGCGCGUGGUCUGGCCACUUGGUGCCUGUGCUCAUUCAGUGGCCAAAUGCUUUUUAAUAUCACCCCUGAGUCACUGAAAAACCCCCCCAAAAGCAACUGCAUGGUGGAGAGCAGCAGUCCUCUGGGCCACGUCCCGCACUGUGGCCCGAGCUGCUGCGACCCACUCGCACGGCCGGCAGUUCUCACGGGGCCACUUGCUGUACGUACGCGCAAUUUGCCCUGAGGGAGGGGCAGCCGCGGCGGCAGCUCUGCGGCUACUUACCCAGCUCAGCAGCACAAGGCACCGUGGGUGUCCCUGCGCGAGGACCCCCCCCAGGGGGGAGACAGGACCUGGAUUUGAACCAGUUGGAAUUAAAUGUGCUCUUGCUUUGGUAUUUGAAAUGUCUCUAUUUUUACUCCUUGGUGACAUGUGCUCAAGUGUAAGAUGUCCAGCCUUCCUGCGUGAGGCUCCCCAGCCUCUGAAGAACUCACGCGGCCACCAGCCCGCCUGCACUUGCCGCUGUCUUAAGUAAUGUGCGUCCGGCCCCACCCUGGGCCUGGGCCAGGACCAGACGCAGCCCCCACUGACCCCAAGGGAGGACAGUUUCCAUUUCCGCUGUGCUUGCCCCUGUGCUCUGCUUCUCCUGGCCACGCACGGCGGGCAGUGUGAGGAAAAGCCUGAACGUGGCAAAGAUUCUGCCCCGUGGCCUUCUGAGCCCUGGCCAGAGUGGGGCCCAGGGGAGGCUUAGAGGGACCAGGCUGUUCCCACUGGCUGAAGCUCCCAUAUAUUUAAAAAAAAAGUUUGUGUUAAACGUUUACAUGAAACCGAUGAACAACUUUAAUACAAAAAUACAAUGAGACAUUAUUUUUUAAUUACUGGAAUUAUAGAAAAUAUGAAUUUCUGGUACCUGCUAGGCAGUGUGCUAGAACAAUGCUGUUCAAAGAUGGGUGACAGACAUCUUGCAGUCCCGGUGGUGUAUUUCCGUGCCUGCAUGAAAGUUCUGCUUAGAA